AUGAAAGUAUUAAUUGCUUAUCCAAUCAAAAUCAAUUUGAACAGAUUAGAAAAUAUAAGCUGGCGUCCAGACUUACUCUCUAAUGAUGACGGUCUCCGAGAUGAGAUUAGUCGAUUUAAACCACACAUCAUUCUUGUUGACAACAACUUACUCAGUGCUGAGACACUUCAUUUGUGGCGAAACAUUAUGGGCUCAUCAGCUGUACUAAAUGUUAUUCGUAGCGGAGCUGAUUUGACCCGAAUAAACACUGAAAAAGUCGCCGAACUCGGUAUUCACUUAUCGAAUAUACUCGAACUCAUUCCUGAGAUCAAUUCACGCAAAGGAUGUGAAGAAGCCAUGGAUCAGGCAGCGUUGACAGUUUUGGCUGUCAUUGUAUUGAAAGAAACAUUUUGUGGUUCAACCAAUUUCGAAAUUCCAUCUACGCUCACGAAUGAGUCGAUAACCGUGAUCGGUGCUGGAAUUGCAGGUCUAGUGGCGGCGUUGUUCUUGAGUAUCGGUGGUUAUCGAGUGACUGUAAUCGAUAGGCACGAUCAGCCGGUCCUUGGAAAAGAUUUGGAGGUUUACAAUGGCGGCACUACUAUGGGUGGUUGUGAUGCUCGACACGCGUCGGUCACUGAGGCUGUAGCAGCUCCAACUCGGGUACGAUCACUUCGACUUACGCCCAUGAAUAAAGGUUGGAGAAUGCUGGACAAUAUGUCGUCUGACGAAGAAGUGUGGGCACAGAAAUUUGAGGCUAUGUCACACUUUCCCGAAAUGUAUUCUAUUUUUUCUGAUCUCGUAACAAGCAUGAAUCGAGCUGCAAUCGAUUUGUGGGAAGAUCUUUUUAAACAAAUUCCGGAGCUAGCUGAAAAUGCUAUGAGAAGUCGCCGAAUUGUUCGACUAUGUACAUCCGAAUCAGCUGUGUCAAACACGGUUGAAUUUCAAAAUAAAGUUCAUCGAAAAACUGACAAAGUUAUUCAACUGUCGAAAGAGCAAGUGGUUACACGUUUUCCUCACUUGAAUCAUGAUCAUCUCGCUGGUGGCGUCGAGGUCGAAGGUUUUACAAUGAACGUACAACAACUGGGUGAUAAUCUGGUGAAUUAUCUUGCGAAGAAACGACAGGUAACAUUCAGAUGGGCAUGUGAAGUCGCGUCUCUGGAAGAUACAGUAGUCGUGUUGAAGACCGGAGAAAAGAUCAUCUCCGACCGAAUUCUUCUUGCAACAGGUGUCAGUGGAGAUGCUCCGCUAAAAGUUUCGCCAAUAAUAAAACAAGUUCAAGCAGUUAUUGGAUAUUGGUUAAAACUGCCAAAUAUUAACAGGAUUACAGAAGGUUUUAAGAUCCAUGAGGCAGAUCCUGUUGCGGUAAUGAAUGUGACAAUGAGUGUUGAUGACGCGACACUAAUUAUCAGUGGUGGCUUUGGGUUCGUGGGUAAACAUCCCAUCGUAAAAACAUCUCACUAUACAGAAAUGGCUGUUUUAGUAGCACGCACAGUGAGAAAGUAUUUUCCAACAGAGUUCGAAAAAGCCACUGAGUCAAAUAAAAAAAUCCCAAUGACCUAUUGCCUGCGUCCUAUGUCUGCUGACGGUAUGCCAGUAAUUGACUGGAUAACAACAGCAAAUUCAGAUAAAGUUAUGUACGUUGGAGCAACGAGUGGUGGUGGAUUUGUUCAGGCGUCCAUGUUAUCUCUUUUCGCAUUGGACAUGUUCUCUGGUCGUAAUGAUUAUGCUCAUAUAACUCGAGCCAUGGUUAGUUCAAGAGAUAGUCUAUCCGACUGUCUCUAUUACCAUGAUAUCACAGACGAUGAUGUAGAAGAGACACCCGAAGACUCGAUGAAACCAUUAGACGCCUCCAUCCAACAAUUUGUAGACGAUUUUCUUCUAUUGUAA